GGAGAUUGCAGUGUGGAAAGUCGUUCGACCGGCCAAAACCAGACAACAGUGACAAUAUACAGCGCCAUGCCUGUCCAAGGGAUCCGGACGGUGACGACCGCCAGAAACGGUGUCGGAGCCUUUAUCCUACAAUGCAAGCAGUUGGACUUCCACUACUGCGACUGGGCUGGUAGCUCUCGCGGCAUGGUUUCCUUCCUCAAGCACCACCUCCCCUCUUUCGCCAAAGCCAACCCCCAGAUCGAGAUCCGAGUAUCGCCCCGGCCACACAAGCACCCCGUCAUCAAGGGCCACUACAUCAACGGCCGAGAGAAGGCGAUCUGUGUCCGCAACCUCGAGCCCGAGCAGAUCUUCAACAAGGCGAAUCUGCUGAAGGCGGCCAGCGGCGAGAAGACGAAGCGCACCAAGAAGCCCAUCACGAGUCUUAACGAGAGUGUCAGAGGUAUCUGGGACCCUUUCCACGGUGGCCUCAAGUCGGUGUAGGUGGGAAUUGCGUAUCUGGUUACUGCAGUGGUGUUACAAUUUGGAAACUCUUUUUGUUUGGUUUAUUCGUUAUGGGCUAGCUUGUUUUCAUGCUUCGGCAUUCCCUUCUCCCGCGGGGGAACCCCCAACGUGGUUCUGUCUUGCAAUCGGAUAUGUAUCAUAUGUACAAAUUGCUUUUUAAUUUGUUCCUACGGGUAUGUGCUAUCUUGGAAAAGCGUCAUCUAAGUAUAUUGGAACAAUAUCAUU